CGCAAGGAUCGCCAUUCGCCGCUCGCCCCGCGCCCGACCCUCCUCUGCUCCUCGACUGCCCUGCUAGGCCACGAUGCUGCCCCCUCGCCCCCUCCUGCUGGCGCUGACGGUCGCAUGCGGUGCUGCAGUCGCAUGCGGCGCGCUGGUGGAGGCCUCCGACGCGAACGACGUCCCCCCCGGCGCGAGCGACGUCCCCGGCUACCUCCUGAGCAUGCUCAUGUGGAGCGGCGAGGCGUCCGAGCGCUACCACAGGAGCCCCCUCGUGCCCGCCGCCCUGGCCGCGACCGCGACCCACGUAGUGACCGCCUGCCCGGCGCCCUUCUUUCCGGUGAUGUCUCAGUGCUUCUGGACGAGUACCAAGUACGAGCUCUCAUGGGACGACGCCCGCAGCUUCUGCCAGCAGAUGGGCGGCGACUUGGCCACGCCGCUGUACCUCAACGCCCUCAUGGUCUACCUACAGGAUCAUUACU